AUGGCUGCCGCUACACCAUCUUCACCUUCAUCUCCGACUCCAGCUGCUGCGGUUCAAUCUGCGGGAAAUGCAACUCCAGCGGCUGCGGUUCAACCUGCGGGAGUACCACAAGGUGAAGCAAAACCACCGGUUGCUCUCAUAGCAGUACCGAUACCACCCAAUAAACCAAAUGAGCCAGCCUUUCAAUUAAAAAUUGAGCCAGACACAAGACUGGAAUUUAAAAGUGACAAAUUAACGGAAGAACCGUGCCAGAUUGAAGUUAAAUUGACAAAUCCCACAAAGGAUAGACAAACAUUUAAGGUGAAAUGCACAUCGAAUGAUAUAUUUCGGGUACGUCCAGCGCUUGGAUUUUGCAAUGCCGAAACUUCGACUUCAAUUAAAAUUAUAUUUUCAAGUAAAACCGUACCUGAGAGCGGAAGACAUUAUUUUGCAUUUUAUCAUAUGAAAAGCGAUGAGAAGGAAAAGACUGCUCGACAAGUUUGGACACCGGAAUCGAAGUUUGAAGGUGUACGCCGUAUUAUGGUUUACUUCCUCAAAAAUGAUGGAACUGCAGCUACACCUACUGGUGGUAAUAUAGUGCAAACUGGUAACGCACCUCCCGCUAGCGCACCUGCCGGUGGUGCUACACAAGCGGCUGCAACACCAGCAGCAAAUGCACCUACUCCAGCUUUAGCUGCGGAUACAAAACAACCAGUUGCGGAUGCGAAAGGAGGAGCAGCUGCGGCUGCAAAAGAAUCGCCUGCUGCAGCAAAAUGA